AAGCUUAGUAUAUUAAACACCACAGAUCUGACGUGCAGCUCACACACUAUGAACAUAUGAAUGUAAAACUGUGUUUAGCAUCUUGUCGUGUUACCAUUGCAUUGCACCUCGUCCGACCCUUUCACAGUGAAAAGCUUAAAGGGAAGUGCCUGUGUUUAUUUGACUUUCGCUAUCGAUUGAUCAGCUGUGAUGUCAGUGUAGUGCUUCUUUAUAUUUGCACCACCAAGGAUCUGCAAUGAUAUUGUGACAAAUGUGGAUGAAAAUAUUAAAAAAUUAAGAGUG